AAUGAUAUAUGCUUACAUUCUCUUCCUCCAGAUUACAUCAUUUUGGUUAAUCUACUGCAAAGUUGGAGCCCCUUGUCUAUCUUCUUAAAACAAUUUGGAGAAGCAUUAGCUUUUUGGUCAGGACUACCAAAUGGACUUCAUUGGGCCAAUUCUUGAAGUUUUAGAGUUCACUGGCCCCUCAAUUUGCAAAUAUCUGAAAUAUCACCGAAAACUCAAGGACUUUGUUUCUAACUUCCAAAGAUUACAAAAAGAUCUGAAGGACCAGCAGGAUGAAGUUGAAUCAAGAUUGCUUGCAGAGCUUCAUUUUGGUAAAAGAAAAAAUCCACAAGUUACAAGAUGGCUGGAAGAUGUGGUGGAAAUAACAAAAGAUGCUCAGAGGGUUGAAGAUAAAGUGAGAAGAGGGAAAUAUUUCUCGCGUGCUUGCCUAGGAAAGCUUGUGAAGGAGAAAACUCAAGAAAUGAAGUUGCUAUGUGACAAAGGAAAUUCUCUUCAGAUUGUGGUACUGGAUGAUCCCUCAAGCUCAAUUGUUCCAUUGGCAACGUCCGAAUUAGUAGGUGAGGAAUAUGUUAAGGAGAAAAUUUGGAGUUACUUGGAGGGUGAUCAGGUUAACAAGAUUGGAGUUUGUGGAAUGGGCGGCAUAGGGAAAACAACUAUCAUGAAGCACAUCCAUAAUGAACUCUUGAAAAAGGACAAGUUUCGUGGACUGUUUCGUAGAAUAGUUUGGGUUACUGUAUCACUAGAGUUUGAUAUUGGGAAAUUGCAAGAGGACAUUGCAAGUGGAUUGAACGAAAAGUUGGUGGAUAAUAAUAUUACUCGGCGUGCAGCAAAGCUAUUGGCAAUCUUAGAGAAACAGGAGCCUUUUGUGUUAAUUCUGGAUGAUGUGUGGACUAGAUUCAGUCUUGAAGAGGUAGGAGUUCCGGAGCCAACUGCAAUCAAUGGUUGCAAGUUAGUUUUGACAACACGGUCGAAAGAGGUUGCUCGAACAAUGGGAUGUGUGAUAAUUGAUGUGAAGCCUCUUAAGAGUGAUGAAGCAUUAAAAUUGUUCCUGGAUAAAGUUGGAAAUGACAUUUUAUUGUCACCGACUUUGGGAUCAACUUUGACGAUGAUUGUGGAUGAAUGUGCUGGUCUUCCUUUAGCAAUUGUUACAGUUGCUGGUAGCAUGAAAGGAAUUUCUGACCCACGUUUGUGGAAGAAUGCUCUGAAUGAAUUGAUAGAACACAAAAGAACGGUGGCAGGUACAGAGGCUGAUAAAUUUGGCAUAUUAAAGUUUAGUUAUGACCAUUUGAAAGAUGAAAAAAUUCAACAUUGUUUUUUGUACUGUGCAUUAUAUCCUGAAGAUCAUAAAAUUCCAAAAGAUGAGAUAAUUGAAUACUGGAUUGAGGAGGGACUUAUAGAGGAAAUGCAAACCAGACAAGCAAUGAAGUAUAAAGGCCAUGAUAUUUUGAAGAAGCUUGAAGACAACUGCUUGUUGGAAUUCACUGAAGAUGAAUUUGAAGGAGAAUGUGUGAGGGUGCAUGAUUUGCUUAGAGAUAUGGCGUUGCAGAUCACAAGAAAAAGCCCACGAUUCUUGGUGAAAGCUGGCAGGGAGCUACCAGAGGAGCAUGAAUGGAAAGAAGAUCUUUUGAAGGUUUCUUUAAUGUAUAACUAUAUAGAAGAAAUUCCUUUGAGCUUGCCAUCUCCAAACUGUCCGAUGCUUACCACCUUGUUGUUGUCUGUAAACAAUUUGUCAACAAUUCCGGAAUCUUUCUUUGAUCAUAUGCUUGGGCUCAAGAUUCUUGAUCUUUCGUACAAUGAUGAGCUACAUAGCCUGCCAAAUUCCAUUUCCAAACUGGUGAAUCUAACUACACUAUUGCUGAAGGCAUGCGAGCAAUUAAGAAAGAUACCAUCUCUAUCGAAUCUUGGGGCCUUGAAAAAGUUAGAUCUUAGUGGUACAACAAUUGAAGAGCUUCCUCAUGGCAUAGAAUUGUUAACUAAUCUGAAAUAUCUUGAUCUUAGUGAACUGGUGAUAAGUGAAGUACUGCCUAAAAUACCUGAUGGAAUACUACCAAAUCUCUCCAAACUUCAAACUUUAGGUGUUGAUUAUAGAAUACCGUGGAAAAUGGAGAGUGGAAAAUUGUCGAAGUUGGAAAAUUUUACCGGCAGAUUCCUUACUAAUGAUAUGGGCAUCUUUUUCAAAUCUCGAAGAGAUUGUCUGAGCUGGUACAACAUUUUCGUGGGAAGACAGAUAUUAUCAUCUGAUGGUGAGGAUAGCAUGCCAAUUGGUAUGAAAUUUAUUCAGUUCUUUGAUGCUCAGAUUUUUGGAGAACCCAAUUUGCUCCCAUCCGAUGUCCAAAAAUUGGGUAUCAAAGAGUGCAAUGAUGUAAGAAGCUUAAAUGAUAUUUCUGGCUUUCAAGAUGCAACCAACUUGCUGCAAUGCAAGAUUUCUGGGUGUGAAGGCAUGAAGUGUGUUCUUUCUUCGUGGUUAAACCCACUCCCAAGCCUUAAUUUUCUAGAGAUUCAUAAUAUGAAAAUUUUGAAUACCUUAUUUGAAGUAAAAGUUGUUGCCAAGUCAGCACCACCACCAACCAUUUUCUCCUCUCUCAAAACCAUUAAAAUUUUAUUUUGUCCUAAGAUAAAAAAGUUGUUCUCGCCAAGGUUGCUACUUGGCUCCCUCCAGAAUCUAGAAGAGAUUAAGGUUGAAUAUUGUGGAGAGUUGGAGGAAAUAAUAGCAUCAGAAGAAGAAGAAGAAAGUGGAAGGGUUUCCAAGCUCACUCUUCCAAAAUUAAAAAGGCUGAAGUUGGAGCAGCUGCCUAAAUUGAGGUGCAUUUGUAGCUCAAGUGCAGUACUAGUAUGUGAUUCCAUCGAAGAGGUUGCAAUCAGGUAUUGCUCAGAUCUGAAGCGUGUUUUUGGCUCAUGGUUCAACCCACUUCAGACACUUGAGAGAUUGAAUCUUCAAGAAUUAGAAAGCUUGAAAUCUGUGUUUGAUGAAGAAGCUCCUGUUUUGUUGUCACCUGCUCCUGCCACCACCUUUUCCCCUCUUGUAAGCAUUACCAUUGCCAAAUGUCAUCAAUUGAAGAAGUUGUUCUCACCUAGGUCGCUGCUUAGCUGUCUCCAGAAUCUAGAAGCUAUUGACAUUAGGGAUUGUGCGCAAAUGAAGGAGAUAGUUGCAUCAGAGGAAGAAGAAAGCGGAAGGGUUUCCAAACUCACUCUUCCAAAAUUAAAAACGCUGGGAUUGUUGUGGCUGCCCACAUUGAGGUGCAUUUGUAGCUCAAGUGCAGUACUAGUAUGUGAUUCCAUCAAAGAGGUUACAAUCAUGUAUUGCUCAGAUCUGAAGCAUGUUUUUGGCUCAUGGUUCUACCCACCUCAGACUCUUGAGAGAUUGAAUCUUCAGGAAUUAGAAAGCCUGAAAUCUGUGUUUGAUGAAGAAGCUCUUGCUUUCAUUACUAUUGCCACAUGUCAUCAAUUGAAGAAGUUGUUCUCACCUAGGUCGCGGCUUAGCUGUCUCCAGAAUCUAGAAACUAUUGACAUUAUGGAUUGUGCGCAAAUGGAGGAGAUAAUAUCACUGGGAUCUCAAGAAGAAGAAAAGGCCCUUCAACUCUCUCUACCCAAGCUACGGAUACUAAAAUUGAAAGAUUUGCCCGCAUUGAAGAGCAUCUGUAGCAACAUCAGUGUGUUGAGAUGUGAUUCCCUCAUGUAUUUGCUAAUUAUAAGAUGCACUGAGCUAAAGAGGAUUCCUUUGUAUCUUCCCCAACUUGACAACGGCCAAUCACUUCCGCCUCCUUCUCUCAAAGGAAUCAAUGUAUUUCCAAAAGAAUGGUGGAAAUCGUUAGAGUGGGACCAUCCCAAGCAAAGGGAUGCCCUUUUACCCUUCUGCGAAUUCCUGGCGGAGGAACCCUGGUGGGCGCGGCCGCCGUGGCAACAUUUGGGCCCACUUCGCCAAAACGAAAGCCCAACGUCAUAAAGCCCAAAUUUGAAUCCAACUUUCCCCUUCCAUUGAAUUCCUCGAUUUUGUGUUCAGUGUAAGUUCCUCUUUUCCUUCUGCUGUUUUCUGCAAUAAUUUUGAAUACAAGAGAUCCAAUUUGUGUAUCUCACUGUGUUGUUUUCUUCUCAUGUCUUAGUUUCUCUUUUCCCUUUCAUGGAGUCACAAUCGUCUUCCCUUUAUCAGGAAAAUUUAAGCAGUACCUUCCUGUUAAAGAGAGCAACAAAGUCACAAAAAUUGAAAAUGAGAGCAACAACGAAAUAAACAGGUAAAUAUUGUUAUGUUCACUCUUUUCUCCUUUCUCUUUUAUGUUAAUGUUCAGCGGGAGAGUGAGUUAUGUUUGUUUGAAUCUUGUUUUGAUAUGAGAUCAUAUGUUGUGUUCCAAUUUUUGUACAGGUACCAAUAAUUCCACAUUGGCAAUGUCCUGAACAGCCUUAUUGUAGGUAGCACUAACAUUCUUCCCUUUCUAUUGAAUUAAUUAGUAUUUUGUUCUGUGUUCUGCUGUAACCAAAUUAAGUUGCUUUUCUGACCACGUCUUGCAAUUUAUAACUCCAGCUAAGCUAUACUUCCCUAAACUUCCGUUUAAUUUUGCUAUAUCAUAUUUUCUCCCUGCCUCUGUUGAAUUUUUGUGCUCUUUUAGGGAAGCUUGCAUUGCAUGAGAUUUAUAGUACUUUAUUAUUGAUAAAUAUGAGUUGCAGAC